CAGCGCGUGGUUGAAGUGGGGAAUCAUCAACGAAAUCCAACUACCCGGAAGAACUCACCCGCUAUUCUACGGUUUCUUUAGCAAUAAAGCCUCCUUAUUCUUUCCUCAAAACCUCCGAGAGUCAGAAACCUAAAAAAUCCCGACGAUGGCUGAUACAGAAACACCGCCGGACCCAAAUCUGACCCUCGAAUCGGAGUCCUUAGCUACCCCGCCCAUGGAUCCCUUGUUCUUCUCCGCGCCCGAUUCAGUUCCUGAUGGAGAUCUAGGGUUUCUGCUCGACGAUAACGGCGACUUUGACCUUGCCUUCGACGAAUUCUACGACCUGUGCUUCCCUUCCUCGUCUGAUGAUUUCCUCAUACCCGAUUCGGGUUCUCCCCUGGGGAACUUCGGUGAUAUCGCUCCUGAAUCAGGCAGUUCUGGGAUUUCCGGCGGCCGUGGCUCCGCUGACGUUGAUGGGUACCUGAAAUCUUCGUCUCCGGAAUCUGGCAGUUACGAUCGUCCAGAUUCCUCGCGGGUGUCUUCCCAGGGGUCUGGUGUUUCCCAGUCAAUGAACGCGGCUUCACCGGAUUCGGGAAAUACGGUGGUUGAGCAGAAAAUGAAAUUGGGGGAAACCGUGAAAACCCGUGUUUCGAAGAGGAAAAAGGAAAAUGAAGAUCCUAACAGUAGUAAGUGUAGGAUAUCAUCAUCAUUGGGCACUGAAAAUGCCAAUACAAAUACAUUUAGUGAAGAGGAAGAGAAGAAGAGGGCAAGGCUGAUAAGGAACAGAGAGAGCGCACAGCUGUCCAGACAGCGGAAGAAACAUUAUGUGGAGGAACUGGAAGAGAAGGUUAGGAACAUGCACUCUACUAUAGCGGAUUUGAAUAAUAAGAUUGCUUAUUUUAUGGCGGAAAAUGCUAGUUUGAGGCAGCAAUUGGGUGGUGGUGUUGGUGCUGGAAUGUGUCCACCACCUUCUAUGUACCCGCCAAUGGCACCCAUGCCAUACCCUUGGGUCCCCUAUCCGCCCUAUGUGGCGAAGCCGCAAGGGUCUCAGGUGCCAUUGGUGCCUAUUCCUAGGUUGAAGCCGCAGCAACUAGUCUCGGCUCCCAAGGCCAAAAAGACUGAGGGUAAAACUAAGAAGGUUGCUAGUGUUAGUUUUCUGGGUCUCUUGUUCUUUGUAUUAUUGUUUGGCGGAUUGUUACCUAUCAUGAAUGUGAAAUAUGGAGGCAUAAGUGAUAUUAUGAGUGAUGGGUCAGGUUUUGUGGGUGAUGGGUUUUAUGAUUCACAUAGAGGGAGGGUUUUGCAAGUUAGUGGUCAUCUAAAUGUGUCUGAUGAAAGUAGGGAUAUGGGAUAUUCUAGGGGAAAGUUAGAUGUUAUUCAUAAGGUUCCAGGUGAGAGUGGCCGUGUUGUUGGAUCAGAGGAUAAUAUUGGACUUAAAGGAAGAGGGGUGUAUAGUGUGCCUAGUUUAGAUGAAUAUGGUAAUCCAGAAAAUGUUAGUGAGCCGCUUGCUGCUGCUUUAUUUGUACGAAGGAACAAUAAACUUGUGAAAAUUGAUGGCAACUUGAUUAUUCAUUCUGUUCUGGCCAGUGAGAAAUCCAUGGCUUCCCAUGAGGCUUCUGAAAUAAAGAGUAAGACAGAGACUGGGUUGGUGGUUCCCAGGGAUUUAUCUCCAGCAUUGGCAGUUCCUGAUGCCAGAGGGGAAAAACACUCUCACGUUUACGGAAAUCCUGCUGAAAGACAGAAGGCUCUUUCUUCUGGAUCUGCUGAUGUUUUGAAGAACCAUUUCAUGUCAUCUGCAGCUGAUGGUAGGAUGCAGCAGUGGUUCCAUGAAGGACUGGCAGGGCCAAUGUUGAGCUCCGGCAUGUGCACUGAAAUGUUUCAGUUUGAUGUCUCGCCAAAGCCAGGAUCCAUUAUUCCUGCUUCUUCUGUAGCCAAUGUCUCAGCAGAACAGAGUCAGAAUAAGAAUAAUACUCAGCUUAACAAGGGAAGGAGUAGGAGGACUCUCCGUGGUCUUCCAGUUCCCCUCCCUGGCUCCAACAUGAACAACAGUGGACAUGCAGGAAAUUCUCAGAAAGAGAACUUUCAAGGUAAUAGGACUGCCUCUUCUAUGGUAGUUUCUGUGCUUGUUGAUCCCAGAGAGGCUGGCGAUGGAGAUUCAGAUAGAGUGAUUACACCAAAGUCUCUUUCUAGGAUCUUUGUUGUUGUGCUCAUGGACAGUGUUAAGUAUGUUACGUACUCCUGUGUGCUUCCAAGAUCUAGCCCUCACCUGGUGACUGCUUGAGGAUAUAAGAAUAUCGUCUUGACUUAUUAGUUACUAAGAGAACUACAAUCAAUUUUUAUUUUAUUUAUUUUAUUUUUUCGCCUCCAGUUUUGUAUAGAAUAGACUGCAGUUUGUAGGGCUUUUUAUCCUUAAUGUGUAAUCCGAAAAGGGAUGACAUGAUCUUAUUCUAAAACUCAUAUCAUCUAAUAAUACAAAUCAAUGAUC